UGAAUCAAUUAGUGGGUUUGUUCUUUCUUCAUGCGGAGAGAGAGUGAGAGAAAUAGACUGCAGAAAAGAACUGUAAAAUAGACCCACAGAGAAAACAAAAACCAAAAAAAGCUUCAAUCUUUUGACUUCCAAAUCAAACAAAUCUUCGAUUUUACAUUGACCAUUCUCUGCUUUCUUGGAUUUGAGUCCUGAAGUCAAACCCAAAUGUCUUUCAAGAACAGAGGAGAGUACAAUUUUACUCCAAGAAAUGUAGUUUCUAGAAACUCUGUAUUUUUCAUGUGCCUCGCAAGUUUCUGCCUUGGAAUGUUCUUCACUAACAGGAUGUGGAAUGUAGUACCUGAAGCUAGAGGCAUAUCAAGACUCUCCAAACUAAGCUUAAGUUCUAGUGAUUGCCAUAAAAAGAAUGUUUUGGAGUUUGGUAACAACACUAUCGGGAUCUUAGAUAAAUCCAUUUCAAGUUUAGAGAUCAAACUAGUAGCUGCUAGAGCCGAACGCGAGUCGUUGGCCGGGAAAUUUAACAUUUCCAAAGAAGCCAAGAAAAGAAAAUACUUCAUGGUUAUCGGUAUUAACACGGCCUUUAGUAGUCGUAAGAGACGUGACUCUGUCCGGUCAACAUGGAUGCCACAAGGAGAGAAGCUUGAGAAACUUGAAGAAGAGAAAGGCAUCAUUGUUCGCUUUGUUAUAGGACACAGUGUGUUGUCUCGGGGGAUUCUUGAUAAAGCCAUUGAAGCAGAAGAGAAAACACAUGGUGAUUUCUUAAAACUGGAACAUACCGAGGGAUACAUGGAGUUAUCUGCCAAGACUAAGACGUUUUUCGCUACCGCUGUUUCCUUGUGGGACGCAGAAUUCUACAUCAAAGUUGACGACGACGUUCAUGUGAAUCUUGCCACGCUCAAAAAGACUUUAUCCGUACACCGAAACAAGCCUCGAGUUUACGUUGGUUGCAUGAAGUCCGGUCCCGUCCUAGCCAGAAAGAGUGUGAAGUACCAUGAACCAGAGUAUUGGAAGUUUGGAGAGGUCGGGAACAAGUAUUUCCGCCACGCCACGGGACAGUUUUACGCCAUAUCUAAAGAUCUAGCUACUUACAUACUGAUAAACCAGGAUUUACUGCAUAAGUAUGCGAAUGAAGAUGUUUCGUUGGGAUCUUGGUUCAUCGGAUUGAAUGUAGAACAUGUUGAUGACAAAAGACUCUGUUGCAGUACUUCUCAGGAUUGUGAACUAAAAGCAGUGAUGGGACAUAAUUGUGCGGCGUCGUUCGACUGGAAAUGCAGCGGAAUCUGUCGAUCGGCUGAGAGGAUGGCCGACGUUCACGAACGUUGUGGCGAACCUCAAAAUGCGUUAUGGACGUCAAAUUCCUGAAAAAGCUAUAGAAAACAAAAUUUCUUAAGUACGACUAUUAUAAUACUUUGACGUGCUAAUAAUCUAUAAUACCAGUAAACUAAUUUAGAAUGAAAAAAAAAAGAGAGCGAAAAGAUUUCAAAACAAUUCUGUUUUUCUUUUGGGGUAGGGUUAUAUAGGGUUUUGAUCAGAAAAAGAAUAAAUGAUGCAAAAAAUAGUUAGUGAAGUGGUUUAAUGAGAGACAAAGAAAUAAUGUUCUGGUCACAUUUGGUUUGUCCUAUGACAGACAGAGAGUCCUUAUUGUUGUGCCUUUUUAUUUAAUUUCCAUAUGUCCUUUUUGCUUCUCA